AUGUCCAACUUUGUCGCCACUGAGCUUUUCACACAUGGCACACCGCCAUUUAACAUUCCCAACAUUCACUUUGUUCAUGUCGCUCUUGCCAGUAUCGAUGAUGCAGGCAUUACUAGAACCUAUCUUGUUGAAGAGUUUAUUGAUGAAUCCGUGGAAGGCAAGUUUACCAAAUACAUCUCCAACAACUCACCUUCCCCACUAUCCAAUCUCGAUGCCAAAUCAAGCAGGAUUGCCAGGUAUCUGUCAUUUGCACAACAUGUCCAGUAUAUCAAGAUGAGGAAACUUGCAUAUGUUGCUGACUUUCAUGGUCUCCACUCAAUCUUAUAUGUAUUGCUGACAAUUUUUACUAGUGAUCUUUCUGGGUGCUUAUUUACAGAAGGCAACUUGAUGCAUGUAUUCACUUCAUUUGAGGAUAAGCACGUAUGUAAUGAAUUUUGCAAAUUUUUUUCAACUUAA